UGCGGUCCAGAAAACUUUACCGAGGUCUUCACAAACAUGGGAGUUUGCUACCAAUUUAACCCGAACCCAGACGAUGUGGCUGUAGACAAAGCAAACAAAGAUGGCGGCCUGGACCUGAUGCUGUUUGUCGAGCAGUAUGACUAUAUGCGGGGUCCACAGACCUCAGUCGGGGUACUGGUCGUUAUCACUGACCACAACGAAACCCAGGCUAUCGCAAAGGAACAGGGCAUUGGACUGACCGUUGGCCAGUCUGUCUCUGUUGGACUUCAGAAGAGUGAUGUUAUUGACCUCCCUCCCCCGCAUGGUGAAUGUGGAACAGCUACGCUGGAUAAUUACCCGCCAGAUGUCACUUACACCUAUCAGAGGUGUCACCUGAACUGUCUGACGUCAUUUAUCAAGAGAAAAUGUGGCUGCGUCACCAUCUAUAUGCCUGGUAAUAUGUUUGUGUUUGAAUUUCACUACCCGUACUGCGAACAGUAA